CCGAGCCGAUGGAGGAGGGCGCAGGGGAUGCGGGUGCAGGUGCCCGGCAGCCAGGCCAGCUCCUGGAGCAGCCCCGCAGGAUGAGUAAUGCCACACGUGCCUUGCCCUCUUCCGUGGAGCCCAGCACCCUGGGGCCCAGCACAGCACCCAGGCUGGCUUCAUCCUCCCCAUCCACAGCCCUUACCCUGCUUAUGGCUGCCCACAACGACUCCCAGGACAGCCAGCAGCUUUUCCUGACCACUACAGCAGCACAUGUCAUCUCCAGCAUCUUCGUGUGGUCGGCUCUCAUCAUCACCUUCCACCAGAUCUACACACACCUGAGGAAUUACACCAUCCCCAAGGAGCAGCGCUAUAUCAUCCGCAUCCUCUUCAUCGUGCCUGUCUAUGCCUUCGACUCCUGGCUCAGCCUCCUCCUCCUCGGAAGCCACCAGUACUAUGUCUACUUUGACUCAGUGCGCGACUGCUAUGAAGCCUUUGUGAUCUACAGCUUCCUGAGCCUGUGUUUUGAGUACCUUGGAGGGGAGAGCACCAUCAUGGCUGAGAUCCGUGGGAAGCCCAUUGCAUCCAGCUGCUUUUAUGGGACCUGCUGCCUUCAGGGUAUGUCCUACUCCAUUGGAUUCCUGCGCUUCUGCAAGCAGGCCACGCUGCAGUUCUGCAUUGUGAAACCCCUCAUGGCAAUUGUCACCAUCAUCCUGCAGGCCUUCGGGAAGUACCACGAUGGGGACUUCAAUGUCCAAAGCGGCUACCUCUACAUCACCAUCAUCUACAACUUCUCUGUCAGCCUGGCACUUUACGCCCUUUUCCUCUUCUAUUUUGCCACCAUGGACCUGCUGCGCCCAUUUGAGCCAGUCCUCAAGUUCGUCACCAUCAAGGCAGUCAUCUUCCUCUCCUUCUGGCAAGGAACGCUGCUGGCAAUCCUGGAGAAAUGUGGGGUGAUCCCUGAAGUUCAGAUCAUCGACGGGAAGGAGGUGGGAGCUGGGACAGUGGCUGCUGGCUACCAGAACUUCAUCAUCUGCAUUGAGAUGUUCUUUGCCUCCAUUGCCCUGCGCUAUGCAUUCAGCUGCCAGGUGUACAGAGAGAAGAAAGAAAAUUCAACAGCAAACCUUGCUCCAAUGCAGAGCAUCUCCAGCGGGCUGAAGGAGACCAUAAGCCCCCAGGACAUCGUCCAGGACGCAAUCCACAACUUCUCACCCACGUACCAGCAAUACACCCAGCAGUCAAUGCAUGAGGCAGAGCGCAAAGCACCAGGAGAGAAUGGGCACGUGGCCUCCCAGGUGGAUGGACUAAGCAGCAGAAAGAGCAAAAACAUUGAGAAGAGAGUGCUGAUCCUGUCGGAUGAGGAGCUGUAGGGGACAAUGGAAGUGACGGUGACACUGGGAACGUUAAAACCCAUGCACAUGAGAGGUGUCUCAAGGCUGAGACAACCUGGUCUAAUGGGAGCACUGAGAAGCCAGGAACUCUACCCAAAAAGCCAGUCUCUCAAAGGGAAGAUGCAAUAAGCCAGGGAAAGGUUAAAUCAAAUAGUGCCAGUUUCUGCUGUCCCAUCUCUUUGGGCAUUAAGAUUGGGGCUAUCUUUGCUCCUGCAAAUAAGCAGCCAUGCAUUGCAGCCUGGGCUUUGCUCCCACUGCUGGUGCCUCAAUGCCCCCAUGCCUGUGCUGGGGAAUGCCAGGCAGGAAGGAGAGCCAGGCUACAGGAUGGCCCAGCCGCCCUCGCCGUCCUCUUACCUCCAAGCAGUGCUGAAAUGCUUUUCUCAGCACGGUUUUGCUCUAGUUUUUCCUGAUUUGAGUGAAAAAACUGAUCUCCAAGGGCCCCGUGGAGAAAACCAGCCCAGGAAGGUGACUUCACUUCACCUCAAAACCCGGUAACGCUUCAAAGACAUCAUUCCUUAUUUGUACAGCUUUCCCCCUCUCCUCCUCCCAGAAAAGCCCAUGGAGUUGUGCAGACCUUUACCAGGGAGGAAGAGUAAGUGAUCCUCCUCUCCCUCCAGAUGGGGAUGCAGCUGGAUGAGGAACUCCCCCGGGAGCAGCAGCAGGAUCUCAUUCAGGGCUAACAUGGGGUCUUGCAGCUGCAUUUGGAAAGCUGCUGGUGACAGAAGCACUUGUUUAUGUCCAACCAGCUUAUCUCUGCCUGGAUCAGAAGUUAAAAGGGAUUCCAGAUUCCUUUUCAGAGCCUUUAUUAGGGAACCAGACCGUGACUGGUGAUGGUAGGAAUGCACUUACUGGGAACUGUCUGUUCCUCCCAGCCCCUUGCUCUUUACCAACCUGGGGGAAGGCAGGAGGGAGCUGAGCACAGCAGGGUGAUAAUGAUGGAGACAGAGAUGCUGGGGGAUGCCACUGCUCAGGGCAGGAUCACUGGCAGGGGAAGAUACUGCAUGGGGGGAUUCUGCCACAUCAGUGAUGGAGAGUGCACAUCCUUCCUUUAAACUUCCUCUCUGGGGUUUUUCCCCACAGUUUUUAGUCCAAUUUUUACUCCAAGAUGAUCCCUGAGAACGUCGUUAGGCACUGGGUGGGCUGUUAUUAGGGGGCAGUGAAAGGACAAGGGCAAGCCUACAGUCUGAGUUGCACUCACGUGGCAAAGCAAUGGGUAAGGCUUAAAGCUGUUUUACAAACAACUCCUAGCAUUUGUUUGGUUCCAUCUGUACCUCCUCUUAUCUGCAAAAUGCAAAUCACAUCAUGAAAUUAUUUAUGAAUUUUUCUAAUAAACAGCAAUUUCUAGCACAGGGCAAGUGUUUUCCCUUAGCUCAGCAAGCAAAGCCACGAUCU